AUUUCUCUUUCUCUCCCUCUCUCUCGUUUCUAUUAGCUCCUAAGACAUUAUUUGACAGAUUUUAUACGUAAAACAGACUAUAAAACACCAUUCCCUUUAUCAAUAAGAAUUCGUGAUAAAAAUUCGAAACGAAGGAUUAAACUCCUGUGAUUUAUAUUUUUCGAGUAUCGACAUCAGCUGUUGUUUUUUUGUUUAUGUGCAUGAACACUUUUUUUAUAAUCUAUCUUUUUUUUUGAAGAGUAGGUAUUCUCAAGCUUCUCGAAUUAAAUAAUAACGAGAUGAUUCUCUCUAUUAAAAAACUGGUGGAUUAAUAAAAGGAAUCGAAGUUGAGUAAAAAUUUAUAGGUUAUCCUUUGUUUAUUUUUUGUGUUCUACCAUGGAGUCUUGAAUAAUUUUUGUGCUCAGAAAUCAAACUCGCGUUUACGAAUAUAACUCCUGAAUUUUUUUUAAAUUCGUGAGGUGAAAUUUACGCUCUGGGAUAUGCAGAGUCUUUGAAGAUUUGAAUGAAAAGGUGUUCUGGAACAUAGAUAGUGGUGAAUCCUUUCUGCAAGUACACGUAUCUCUAUGAUGUUUUCGUCAGGUCUUGGCUGUAAUCUAUCAUUCCCAAGUUGUCUGGGUUAUCCACAAGAUAGUGAAGAAUUGAUUCCAAAAAUGGCUCGCGAACCGAUAACUCUCAAUGUGUACGACAUGUAUUGGAUAAAUGAAUACACGACUCCCAUCGGUUUGGGAGUUUACCACUCUGGCGUUGAAAUCUAUGGAAUAGAGUAUGCAUACGGCGGACAUGCCUAUCCAAUGACGGGAAUUUUUGAAAUCCAACCUCGAGAUGCUUCAGAAUUAGGAGAACAAUUUAGAUUCAGACAGUCAGUGCACAUCGGUUACACAGACUUUACAGAAGAGGAUGUGUCAAGAAUCGUAGCUGAGUUAGGCAAAGAUUUCAGAGGUGACCGGUAUCAUCUCAUGACCAAGAACUGUAACCACUUUAGCAGCCAAUUUACGCAGAUUUUAUGCGACCAAGAAAUUCCUGGUUGGGUGAAUCGUUUGGCGUACAUAAGUUCAUGUGUUCCAUUUCUUCAACGCUGCCUUCGAAAAGAGUGGCUAACUCCUGUGGCCCUUCAACAUUCUCUCAGUCAAGUUAGCCACAACGACAGUACUCCCCCAUCUGAUACUUCUUUGUAACAUUUACUCAGCAAUUCGGAUGAUGAUGGUAAAGUUUUAAAAUGCCGUAGAAGUCAUACCUUCUAGACAAUUUGCAGCAUGCGUACAAAGAAUAUUAUUAACAUUGAUACUUAGUACAUCUCUAGUAAAUUAAAUUAAAUUGAAUUGAAUUAAAGCUGCGAGAGUUAAGCCUUUGUUUCAAGGCAAGCAGUGUCAGUGGCAUUGCGGGCAAUUUUGAUAAAAGCGUGGAAACUGAGAAAAUUGUAUUCCUCGUGACAUGCAUUUUUAAAAACGGAUACAAAUUCAGCUCCAGGACGAAAAAAAUACCCAUUGUGCUCUACUUAAUACUCAUUGCCUCUUUAAGUUCAGGAAUAUUAAUAUUAGAAUAACAAUAGAGUGAAUCUAAAAUAAUGUUAUAAUUAAAACUAACAAUGGGGCUAAACUUGUACGUUUAUCUUAGAGAGUAGAGACGCGCAAUGAUAAAUAAUUAACUGGAAGAAAUAGUAUUACAGGACGACAGAACCGAGUGACAAAUAUAAUGCCUACGAAUCAAAUCCUCAAGGAGACUGAAAGCUUGUUUAUAAACCGAUUGAAUACAAUAAAUAAGCUUACACAAUAAUUUUCUCAGCUCGUUUCAACGAAAGCAAACGAGAUGUUUCUAGAAAACCCUCUAGAUUGUCUCUAAAACGCCUAAUUUUUUGCGCUAAUUCUAGUGGAAGAAGUUUAAUUGAAUUUAGUUUUACAAUUUAUUAGUACAUUUGCGAAUCUCUAGAUUUUCUAGGCGCAAUGUCAGGCAAGUGCAAUCGAAGAGGAUUUUAUACUCCGUAAGUUAUCGCACCGAACGCUCCCAAAUGAAUUGUCAAGGUAUCUAAAUUGUAAAUAAUAUUGUUUUCCGCAAACAAAUAAUGUAGACGAUUUGAACUUGUUCGAUGGGAAGAAGUCUACGAUUUGAAAAUUUACUUUUUCUACGUCAAACAAAGAUCCAUCAAUUAUUAGUGCCAAGCUGUUUCUCUCAUUCUGUUUUGCAUUUUUUUUACAUCUUUUUCGAAUAUAGUCUUUGAACGCGUUUACCGCAAUUUCAAAAUCUUUUCUUAAAAUGUAGAGCAGUUUUGAUUCUUUAUCUUAAAAGUGAAGGGAUUUUAAAUAUUUUCAGGUUUUAAAUCCAAAA